AUGCAAGCCAAAAUUAAUUAUAACCAUACAAUUGAAGUAGCAAAGUUACUAGAGCAAAAACUUAAGAUUGGACAAAAAAGUUCUAAUAUUGUAGAAUUAGAAACUAGUAAUGAAAAUGAAGAAAGAAUUGCCGUAGAUGACUCAGAAUCAAAAGAAAGUGCUAAAGAAGCAGAAAGGUUGUUUUUGAAAAUAAAAGAAAUGAAAAUUUUAUCUAAUGAAUUAUUGGUAGAUCUAAAACAUCCUGCAGAUAACUCUAUAGAAAAAUGUAAACUUGCUGAUUUAUUUGAUUUUGAAUUUUCAAUACCCUUACUU